GGUAUUGAAUUCAAGUCACUUAUUACACUUGAUGACUUGGAGGAGAUUUUUAAGCAUGAUCAACUAGGCGUCAAUAACAUGCACUCAUACAUCCGGUUGUUGUAUGACAGAGUGUUGCGCGGGACUCCGUUGUCUAACAGAUUCCGUUUCGUGUCUUCCGCCCACUGCAGCGGAAUGGCAAUUGCUUCGGAACGGGAAUCAGUUAGACAGCGAUUAGUCGAUAGAUUCAUGUCCACCGGCAAUACAGAAUGUCUGCAUCUUUGGGCGUAUAAUACCCGACCAGUAGGAGCACACUGGUUGCUGCUUGCUAUCAACCCUAUAAGGGAAGUCGUGUAUUAUCUGAAUUCGGUAAAUGGUGAAUGGACCAAUUAUCCGGCCAUGAAGGACAUCGUUGAUUUAUCAAUACAAGUGUUCCGAAGUCAACGGGACGCACAGGUAUCCCGAACUAAAUCUAGCAACAUUACUUGGAUCCAAGUGCAGUGUCCGCAACAGAAAAACAGUUACGAUUGCGGAUACUUUGUAUUGAGGUUUAUGAAAGAAAUCCUUCAGGCAAAUCAAUUAGAGAUUCCGCUCACGUACCUUGACGAAUUCCGUGCCGCUGGAUACCCGAAACUUAAGUUGGAAGAAAUAAAAGAGGAUUUGUGUCAUUUUUAUAUUAAGCGCUUUUUCAUGUAGGAUUUGUGUCGAAUUGAAGUACUAUAAUAUUAUUGAUGUUGUA